AGUAACCCCAUGGAAAAAGCUGACCAGGAAAACAAGACUUUGGUGUCUUUUUUUUGGGUUGUUGGCUUAUCAGAAGAUACAGAACCUCAGCUUUGUCUCUUCCUGGUCUUCCUCUGCAUCUAUCUCAUCACAGUCAUUGGUAACAUACUCAUCCUUUUUGUCAUCUCCUCCAGCCAGCGACUACACACGCCAAUGUACUUCUUCUUAGCCAACUUGUCCAUCAUUGACAUCAUUUUUUCUUCUGUUACUGUUCCCAAACUUCUCUUUAUUUUAGCCACUGCCCAGAAAACGAUCUCCUUCUCUGACUGUGUCACCCAGCUCUCGUUCUUCCAAUUCUUUGUGGUGGCUGAAUGUUAUCUUCUAGCAGUCAUGGCUUAUGACCGAUAUGUGGCUAUCUGCUUCCCUCUCAACUACAUGCUUAUUAUAAGCAAGGAGGUCCGCAUCCGGAUGGUCAUUGCCUGCUGGGCCUGUGGCCUUGUCAACUCACUGACUCAGGCCAUCUCUAUCUUACACCUUGACUUCUGUGGUCCCCAUAAAGUGGACCACUUCUUCUGUGACGUCACCCCUCUCUUCAAAUUGUCUUGUUCUGACACACGGCUUGGGGAGGCUGUGUUUUUAAUAGUUGUGGUUUUAGCAGGUAUGGGGCCAUUGACUUUUAUUCUGGUGACCUACAUUCGGAUUAUCGCAGCAGUUUCAAAAAUUAGCACCAGUAAAGGACGUCUUAAAACCUUCUCCACUUGUGCCUCUCACUUCACAGUGGUGGCACUCUAUUACGGUAGCGGCAUCUUCAGCUACAUUUGGCCAUCCUCAACUUACGCCAUGGACAAGGACGUCAAAGUGGUGGCCGUACUUUAUACAAUUAUGACCCCCAUGUUGAACCCUAUUAUUUACAGCUUGAGGAACAGGGAGGUAAAACAGGCCCUGAAGAAGGCUUUGGGGAAAAAGAGAAUAAAAUAAUGUGAUAUCUCAAACUAAAUAAUACAAGGGUUUAACUAUAAAACAGUUCAAAGGGUACGGAUUUUUUAUUUUACUAAAUCAGUUAGAGGUUAAAUCUAGCAUCCAUACCGUUUAUGUCUGGAAUGUUAGGGGUGCACAUCUCCCUUUUUUUCUUUCCCUCCUUUCUUCCUUCCCUUACUUUCCUUCAUUUUACAGGCUUUUCUUUCCUUUCCUGUAUCCUUUUUGAGUGGCCUGUGAGUUAUACAGUAUGGUAUAUUGGUGUAUGUGAAAUACUGUGGGGAUUCUAUCAGACUCAAAUUACAACUUGGAAUCCUGGUUUAGCCUCCUCUCCCCCAAUGAUUUUACAAUGCAUGCCGAUAUGGAUAUUAGCCACAUAGUCACGUGAUUAUGGUUCCCUCCUUUUCCUCCUCAUGGAGUCUAAAGGAGUGAUAGGGACCCAUGAAUGUGCCAAAUUUUUUGUUAU